UCCUCUCUUCCCUGCUGUUUGUGCCACCACCUUUGACGGCUUCCGCGCAAAUGCAGCCGCAAUGCUGACGGCAAAUUAGCGUAUGUCUCUGUCGAGGAGGCGAUUCACUAACAAACAACUGCAUGAAAGGCGCCUUGGAAGGAAUGCAGCAGCUGCCGAUGAGAUUCUCGUGCGUCUCCGACGGAGCGACAACGCAAGGGUGGUGCAGGGAGUGGCGUCAAGGUGUCCGCUCUAGGCAAGACACGUCACGGUUAAUCAAGAACACCGCUCUCAAACUUUCAACCUCACCUCAAUGCUCGAAGUCCAUGAAUUCACAGUCUUACACUCCUGCAACGCUAACUUGGACCACCUUAGCCUUACCAGUGUCACAUGACAACCGGCGACUUUUCCCGAAGCGAUGCCGUGCCCCGCAGCAUACAGCCCCUCCAUCGAAACCGGCGGGGGGGAAAACUCCUUGGGCGCGGGAAAAAUCUCGUCAGGCGCGAAUCGCGAGAAGUCCACACGGGUCUACAAACAUUUCGAUUUCAUCAGGCUCUACUAUUCCGGAUAUGUCUGGAACUCCAGAUAUUGCCGACAUGCCACUAGUAAGUGCUUCUUCUCUACUCCUCUAUUGCCAUUGCUGAUUCCGAAAGGGGGCCAAUGCAGAACGCGGUAUAUACGAAGCUAUUCCAUUCAAGAUCUUUCCAGCGAGCAAUGCGGAUAGAACAAUAAAAUGGCGAGGGCAGGGGCGGACUUCUUUUAGCGGAGG